AUGUCAUGUGAAACACCUCAAAAAGAUCAAAUCAAUUCAUCAAAUGUUUCAAUGAAUAUAUUAGGUGAACCAGAUAAAUUAGAUUUCAUUUUAUCUGCCAAGACUCCUAAAUCAAAAUUAAGACAAUUAGCUCAAAAGAGUGUAACGAAGAAUAAAAUUAAAUUUUCUAAUCCAAAUCAUCAAGAUGAAUCUCAAUCUUCUGUUGAAGUUACUUCCAAAUUCUUAACACCUACUCAUAAACCGCGUAAAUCAGUUGUUGAUGAAAGCUUUGAAAUCUUAUUCAAGAAUAUGUCGGUUUCAGCUACUCCAUCAACCCAAACCGAUUCACGUCAUCUUGGAGAAAGCUCUGGAUGUUCAUUAAACUCAAAACCUAACAAGGAGUUUCCGAUGGCUGAAAAUUUGAGAAGGUCUAGACGAAUCACUAUUGCUGAUACGUUUCAAAGUUCUGGAAGUUCAUCAGAUUUGAAAGCCGAGAAGAAACUUUUGAUGACUCAAAACUUAAGAAGGUCUAGAAGAAUUACCAUCGUUAAUAUCUCUGAAGAUAAUUCACAACCACCUGAACCUGAAGUGAUCUCUCAACUUGAAUUAAAUCAAUCUAAUGUAUCUAAUGAGGUAUGCGAAACUCAUGAGUGUGAUGGUCAAAAUGAUAAUCAUGGAUGUGGACUUGAUCAGAGCGUGGUUGAUCGAUUGGAUCUUGUUGAAGGAGUUUCGUCAAAAGGCCGAGAUACUCUUGAAGAUGGGGAGGAAGAGGAGGACGCGCAGGAAGAGAAGGAUUCAGAUGAUGAUGAUGAAGAUGGAGAUGACCAAGCACUUGACCCAAAGAGAAAAGCACUAUUUGAGUUAAACCGAGCAAGAGUGCUUGGUUUAACUUCAGUAAAUCCUCUCGAAACACAUUAUGAAUCUCCACCCAAAAACAAGACUACCAAGAAACAACCUCCGAUCAUCGAUCUUACUGAUUCACCACCAUCACCUACGUGCUCCAAGUCUACCGUACCCCGUCAAGGAACCAAGAUGACCGGAUCCGUACCGCCCAAACCACCCACCCAAUCUAAGACUCCUUCCUCUACGCCUCUUUCACGUCGUACAAAAGUAGUUGAUUCAGAAUCUAGAUUGAUGAACACUUUGGCACAUGAACUUUGUCAUGUUGCCACUUGGAUUAUUGAUAGACAAAAGGAUGAAAAACAUGGAAAAUACUUUAAAGCUUGGGCUCGCAAGAUUCAUAAAGUUAUACCACAAAUCGAAGUUACCACCAAACAUACAUAUGAAAUUGAUUAUAAAUUCAAAUGGAAUUGUUCAUCAACAGAUUGUUCAAGAACGUAUGGAAGACAUUCUAAUUCGAUUAAACCUGAUAAACAAAUGUGUGAAUGUGGUGGGAAUUUAAUACCUGUACCAAGAAUUCGUAAAAGAGCAAUCAAGAAAGUGAUUGAAGAUGAAGAUUUAAAUGAAAUGAUGGAAAACUUAAUCGUCAAAGUUUAA